AACACGUGUGUGUCUGCAAGUUAGAGUAAUCGGACGAAGAUUGUUUCAGAUGGCCGAUCAUCACAUUCAGUGCAUUGCAGAACUUCGAUUCAACAUGCCACCAACUGCAAAUGAACAGCGCCCUCAAGUGUCUGUCAGGUGCACAAGGGCAUUCUGCAGUGAUUCUAAGCUGUAUGAAUGGGGUCUCUAUGGUAAGCCGGAAAACAUCAAAGAAUCUGCUUUAAGUUUAGAUUCAAGCCAAUCAGGAUCAGCCAAUCCACCUGCCACUCUCCAAACCAACCAAUCAGAUGCAGCGUUGGAUCCCAGCCGUAGUUUCAACCAAUCAGAGUCAACAUUUGAUGAUGUCAACCAUCCAGUACCCAAUGAGAUUCCAAGGCCGUGUAAAGAUCAUGCAUAUUCAUUAGAUGAUGAAAAUGACAUCACUAAUGAGACUACCAUAGAUGUAAAACAAAACAGCUUGUCAAGUCAGCAUGGAAGUGACGUCCAGAUAAAAGUUGGCAGAAUAGUCAAGAACCCUUACGCUAAGCCGAGCUUGCCAUUCCAGGGCGAGUUUGAAUCAGAGGAGACGUUGAUGCAAGGAAUGGGGCUCCCUCUCAGCUUUGUAAGAUCACCUCGAGACCUGGAUGAGGAUGAGGACUUUGUGCCUAGAGCCAAGCACCGCAAUAAACAACGGAACAAGAAUAAGAAAAAGAAGAAGCAACAAGUUUGGGCUGAAGACAUCAUCCUUUCCCAGCAUGCAUCAAAGAAGCGCGUAUCCCAAGAUGCACUGCACCACAAGGGCGGAUCCGAAGUGGCUGACGUCAAUCAGCAUAGCCAAGAAGCACCGUUGCCUAGCAACUGGGCAGCUGUGACAUCAGUGGAUGAACAGUGUUGCCAUGGCAAUGGUAACCAUGACAAUGGUUGGGAGGAGUAUUGGAAGAUGUAUGGAGAAAAUCUUCUGUGGGAAAACUGGCUGCAGAAAUAUCCAGACCAAGCUGAAUCUGGAACUCCACUGGACCGUCAUCAAGUACACGAUGGAAAAACCAACUGCACAGAUGAUAGGAGUGAUAUUCCUAAGCUAUGUAUUUCUUGUACACAAGAUAUUCCUCAUGUAGUUGAUGCACUGCCAAGACCAGAAGCAAACAUGAAGACAGAUUCUGUAUUAGCACCUCACAGUGAAGACAUUUUAGGUCAACCCAGUGAGGCAAGUAAGUUAGCUAGUGGAGUAGAACAAGGUUCACUUCCGGAAACAGUUUCAGCAGAACUUGUCUUGCAACCUGACCUACACUCUCAAGAUACUGCUGACAGUUUGGCAAUGGGCAAAUGUAUUUGCUCACCUCUUGCAAAACCAACUGUAGGAGAUGAAGGUACAAUGAAAACAUCUCCAGUAACUGAAAACUUUCUAGAGGGGACAGAGGUAGGGGUGGAGAGGGCAUCUGCUUUGGAUGAGAUUGGUGUGGUAGACAGUACACCCAGAGAGUGGGGUGCAGACUGGAGCCGAUUGUGGGAUGAACACUGUGCAGAGGUAUACUGGUACUAUCACCAGUAUUACCAUUCUACUGUCUUAGGUAAUGAACAUUAUGAGUGUGAUGGAGCUGGGGUACUAGACAAAGAAUUGAACCAAUCAGAAAAGAGCUCAUCCGAAAUAGCCGACCAAUCACAACAGUCGCUACAAAGUGAUGGUUCAUGUGCAGAAAGUAACAGCCAAUCAAAUUCAGACGAGAAUACUCUCGGAGUAGGUUAUUCAUUGGACGAAUCUAUUGGCCAAUCAAAAUUGGACAAACUACCAUGUGAUAACUUUGACCAGCCUCAGAGAGAUGCCGAAUGUAGUGAUCAAGGACUUGUUGAAAUAGAUUCCGAAGGCAAGCAUAUGUGUCACUCUGUUGGAAAGUCCCUCGAUCGCCUGACAAUCUCUGCAGAAGUUCACAGUGGUGAGUUUGGGGAUGGUGAUGGCGAUGUGGUGGGUGAUACAACAUCUUCAAGGUGGGUAGGUGGUGAUAAAAGUGGUGAAGAAGACCAUGGUGAGGUUGACUCUGGAGACGAACCUUCAAAUGGGAGUCCAGAUCAAAAGAAACAACAACAGAGUGGCAACGGAAGUGGAGAUAGUGUCUCACAAACUGCAGGGUCAUCCAGCAGUGGAUUGCCAGUUGGUGGUCGGGGUGAUGGCAACAGGCAAGCAGGGGAUGAUGAAGACCCACCAGAUGAGCGACCUACAAAAAUUAAACGAGGCCACGAGUUAGACGCAGAGGAAGACGGUGAGAGAGAAAUCUUAGCACAGCUUGGACUGAGUUCAAAUCCCUCAUCUAGCAAACCACAGGAUCUGCUAGACUUUUCUUCGGUCAAAAUCUGCUACCUCCGCAAGGAUGCCCAGAGGAAGUCUAAGUCACUCAACAUGAGGAAAAGAGCAAUGCAUGUCUGGUUUGAUGAUGAUGAUAAUGAGGAGGAGGUCAGUAAUGAUGACCCGGAUGUUCAGAGGUCAAAGGUUACAGGGAGGUCAUUGAAGGUCCCAAAAGUCUCGGAGAGCAAGAAGCUGGGCAGGGUGAAGGACUUUCUUAGUUUGAUUAACAAAGAUGAGGAUGAGAAUUGUGAUGCGGAAGAGGAAAAUGCAAACGAUGUUAAGGAGACGGCGUUACAAGAGACGGAUUCAAAUUCUGAUGCUCAGCGAUGUUCAGAAUCAAAAUCAACGAUGAAAGAUGAAGGUUCGGAUGCUGAGGAAUCUUUGGGAGAGGCGGCAGAAGGGUCUUCUUGUCCGAUAGAGGAGCUGGAAAAGAAUUCUGAGUGUGUGUCACCACAGAAACAAGACAGUUGUGAAAGAGAAUCGGAUAACACGUCGCUACCAGCCACUGGAUGUGGUCAGGUUAGCAGUGUGUUGCCACAGCAACCAGAGUGUCUUGAACUGGAAAGCGAUGCGUCAUCAUUUCCACCACAGAUUGAAAUUCCUGAGAACAGAAUGUCUGAUGAGAAACAGCAUUCUAAAACGGAAAUCAAAGACGAGAAGCUCACCAAGAAGAUUGUACAAGAUUGUCAACGUGGGGGUAAGAAGUCAGCGAAGGGGUCUAAAGAUGCAAGAUUGAAGGAGUAUCCUGAGAUUAGCAAUAAUCCUGAGAUGAUGAAGUACUGGGUGCAACGGUAUCGACUCUUCUCGAGAUUUGACCAUGGGAUCAAGAUGGAUCAAGAGGGUUGGUACUCAGUGACCCCAGAGAAGAUUGCCAGGCACCAGGCUAAGCGAUGUCGCUCUGAUCUAGUUAUUGAUGCAUUCUGUGGUGUCGGAGGGAACACAAUACAAUUGGCCUUCACAUGCGAGAGAGUGAUAGGAAUUGACAUCGACCCAGCCAAGAUAGAGUGUGCGCGCCAUAACGCUCGCAUCUACGGCGUCGCAGACCGCAUCGAGUUCAUUCAGGGGGACUACUUUCUGUUGGCUGAUCGCUUGAAGGCUGAUGUGGUAUUCUUGAGCCCUCCCUGGGGUGGACCGGACUAUUUGCAGGCAGAGGUGUAUGAUGUGACCAAAAUGGACAUUGAUGCGUUCCUUUUGUUUGAGAAGACAAAACAGAUUACAGAGAAUAUCGCGUUCUUUGUCCCAAGAAACGCUGACAUAGAUCAGUUAGCUUCUUUUGCUGGUCCAGGGGGACGAAUGGAGGUGGAACAGAACUUCUUAAACAAGAAAAUCAAGACGGUUACCGCAUACUACGGGGAACUUGUACAUGGAUAAAGUCAUUGUCUACAAUUAGAAACAAUUUCUGAUAAGACCAAUAGACCUUUCUGUUGUUGAUAAACUGCGCUGGUUUGCAGGGACGGCCGAAUGUUGGUAAAACAUUCAAUCGUGCUAACGAUCGUGAUAAUAGAUUUUCUGCAAACUUUCAAUUAAACAGAAUUCCUUCCAUGAUUGGUUAGAUUGUUUAAAAAAAAAUCAACACUGUUGUUUACAUCCAAGUCUGAUAGUGUUGCUUACUGUGAAAUUCUUACUAAUAGCUUACAAAAUUAAACACAGAAUUCCAUCGCCAUGAAAUAAACAAGUGCUGGUACAGGCUGAUGUUCUCUUCAAUUGACUUAACAUUGUUGCUAACCCUGAAAGCAGAGAUUGAUGAUUGCAAGCGCAUUCCAUAGAGUUAGACCAUGGCAAAUGUGACGUUUAGUUUGUAGCAUGGUUUAUCAUAGUAAACUGUAAUACAUGUUCCUGUAAAACAAGGUUUAUCAUUACAUGGAAUUUUCAAUUAAAUGUUUAUAAAUGAAAUAACACCUGCAGAUAAGUCAGUUUCUGUUUUUAAAAUCUAAUUUAUUCAAACAUUCUUUUUCAAACAUAAAUUAUGUAACAUGCAACUGAAAACCAUAUGUAUUAUAAUGGUCAUUACAAGAUUUGAUGACGUCAAUAAACUUGAAAAUGAAUUUAUGGUCCAAACACAGCAAAUUUUCAGGGCUUCAAACAGAUUUUGCCUUAGCUUAAAUACUUUCACAAUAAUGAACCUGAAUCAAAAAGUCAGAUGUU